UGUAAUGGAAAAAAAUGGGAGAGGUACUGUGGUGUGAGUGCAUUCAGCGUUUUCCCCCCUAAAAGGAGCUUUGUAGUUGUAGUUGAGGUUUGUGCGCUUCAAACAAAUUGAAUUGGGAGAUGAAAAUUGGAAUCCCCUUUGAAGCAUCCCACAAUUUAACUCGCUUCUAAAUUUCCUUGCAAGCAAACCCAGUUGAUUAAUUUCAACUCUCAAGGACGUAGAUCGCCAUAGCCACAGGCUUCGAUUUUGAUUCUGUAAAGAAAAACCCACAUGAAGAUGUCUUCGUCUUCUCCGUUUUUCGGACCCCCAGAAAUGGUUGUCAAGAAUCGCUUUCUGGGUUUCCUUAUUUGGCAGUCUAUUCCUUCAACCAUCGUCUUUUUCCUCUUCAAAAUCUUCGUUUCAGCUGUUUCUUCUGUUUCUUUUACCAAUUCCUCAAGUGGGACUACAAACCCAUCUCCCCCUUUUGCUUCAUUGCUCACUGGGUUCCUUACUUUUCUUACAUUUCAUCUCUCUCAGCUUCUCUUCUCUGCUUCCCUUUCUCUUCUUGCUUCCCCCCAGCUUGAGCGACCUGCCGCGCCGCUUGAGCUCGCUUUUGGGCUUGUUCGGUUUCUUGUAGUCUCAGGCGGUGAUAAUGUUUCAUCGGCAUCGGCUUCGGCUUCGGCGGAUUUUCGCCGUCGGGCUAUGGUUUCGUUCUCUUUGGUUCUGUUUGUAGUGGCAACUGCAGUUUCGGGUUCCUUGGCGGCAGUUUCCAUAUGUUGGGGGAAAUCAGAUGGUCUUAGAAGUGCGUGGCAUACGGGUCUCUUGAUGGGUCUGAUUUAUGGCGUUUUCUAUGUUUACAAGAAAAGAUGGGUUCUAACGUUCCCAAUCAUACAGCGUCCCCCCUUUUUCAGCUUCAAGAUGGGUUUUCCAUCAGCUACCACGUUGGCUUCCAAACUUUCUGCUGCAACUUUCCUAUUUUCAGCGGUACUAAUAAUCCUUCUGCCGGAUCAACUUAAGAGAAAUGUUACAGUCAGGAAAUUCAUUGCUAACCAGGCCAUUCUAUUCAUUGGAAGCUUUGCAGUAUUUCUUUCUUGGGAAUUGACUCACCACUUACAUCGGGUCCUACAUACCAAGAGGUUUGCUUUUGCACCUCCAAAGGGAUCUGCAGCUGCAGAAACAAAUCCUAGUGAGUACCUCUUUGCAGCUUUGGAGGACAGCAACUCAGGGUCUCUUUUGCAAUAUCUUGCAUUUCUCGAUCUCUGCAUGGUUUGUGAGACUAAUGUCGAUAUAUGGAGGAGAGCUGCAUUUUUUGAAGAAACAGGUGAGACGUACAAGCGAGUUAUAUCCAUAUCCUUGAGGCCUCUGGAGCAAUUUGCCCUGAACUUAGGUGAAGGUUUGGAAGGUGCUGUAGACAUAACUUCCCAACUAUCCAAACAGCUAUUACCGCCAAAGGACUCUCACUUGGACAUAAAACAAUUGGAAACUCUUAAAAACUUUCAGUUAUAUGCAUGGUGUGCCCGGACGGUUUCUACGUUGACUGCACGCUCACAUGUGGAAGAUCGAUUUGGGGUUGCGCAGCUCUCUGGUAGUAAUGCUACUGUUAUGUCCACACUGUUGUCUUGCCUGCUUGCUGUUGAAGUACUGAUGGGGAAGAAGAUUAAUAUACAAUCUUCACACGAACUAUUCGGCCCGGCUGGUAUUAAGUGGGCAACAUCGAGUAUUAGAAGAGUAGAUACUUCAGUUGGUAAAAAGAAAAGUGGUCCACUGCACUCGAAGGCAUAUGCAACCGCAGAUGUAUUGAGGGCCUCGAUCUAUCUCAUUGUUUCUGCAUUUCAUAACGAGAUGCUGAACAGUGCUAAGUCUGGUGUUCUUGAGAAAGAUUGGAUCACUGAUGAAAAGCCCCCUUUUGGUACCCGUGAGUUGCUUUUGCAGAAACUGCAUAUUUUCUUGGAUUUUCAAGCUUAGAUAUAAUGGCGAGUUUAUUUUCCCGGGUCGGUGUGCGACCCGUUCAGCGAAUUAUACCGACUUGUUAGGCAGUUUUGUUGUCUUUGUUUUUUUAAAGAGUUACAGUUGAAAUAUGAAGAGAUUGCUAGACUGAUGAAGUUCUAAGUUUGUAAGUUUGUAAUACAUUGCCCUUUAUAAACAGAAAUCGAUUAGUUGAAUGUGCCUUUUUGACAAUA